GGCCUUUAACAUCGAGAAUGAGUUAAAAACGCACAGCUCACGGUCACCGCUCGCAAAGCAGUGUUACAAGAGCUCGCUAUAUUAUACGUUGCGCCUCUUAACUGCUUAACACACAAGUUUUUCUUCAUGACUGAAUGAUGGCUACCUUUCGCGUCAUACUGUUUCUAUUCUUGAUGAGGUCAUUACCAUUCUAUUGUUUCUCUUAUUCAUACUGUGCCCUUGAAGGUGGAAACCAGUAUUCAUACGAGAGCAGUGCAGCAGAUGACACGAGUGUCGCCGAUUCAAAUGAUGGAUUCACUUCGGAAAUCACAAUUUGUCCAGACGAUAAUUGCUUUUCGUAUUCAGUACUGAUCGAACAAUGUGACACAAACUCAAGUUUUUCUCCUGGAUUUUACUGCUACUGUGAUACCGAAUGCGAACAUUUUGAUGAUUGCUGUUAUGGCUAUACGAAUGAAAAUGCAUCUGUCAUGGCAACAGAAGGCAUGGUGAAGCCAGAGCUGCAAUACUGGAGUUGUACCGCUUUCGCGCUUGGUAUUGAAAGAAAGUCGGCUUGCCUCAACAAUUUCCUUGUGGUAGACAAGUGUCCAUCUUCUGCUGGAAUAGAUCAAGACUUGGUAGAGAGAUGUGAGAACCCGAUGGCGAAUGACACGGUCUUCUUUGACUAUCAAGAUAUCUUCUACCGCAACAAGCAUUGCGCCCUCUGUCACGGUGCGGACCCAUCGGAACUCACCCCUUACAUCAUGUUUACACCUUGUUUGGACAACAGAGAAGAGUUCCAUCUUUGUGGACAGAGACCAUUUUUAGUCAAUGGAAGUUCCCCUCCAUCUGUUCGUUGGUGUGUACCAGAUAUCACAUCUCACUGUGAAUCAGAAACAGGGACAGGGGUGGCCUGCGGGAACGAAACAGCAAGAGUGAUGAUAAAUGGUAGUAUUUACAAAAAUGUCGAAUGUGCAGAAUGUAACGGAAUGACUGUUAAAAACCGUUCCAGCCUUAUUAGCAAUUGUGAACAUAUUACUUCAGGCCAACUUAUUGUUACAUCAUAUGAUUAUACCGCUCCUGCAUUUGAAAUAUCGUACUUCUACCCACAACUUCAAUGCAUGAAUGGUCUUCGGUUGUCUGGUACUGAAUGUGUUCCGGAAGUCACGUCUUGGCCUGAUUGCAUCAACAGACAAAUAAACCUCGGCAUCAUCACUAACGGGUCCCUGCAGUGCUUUGAUGGUUUCGAGCUUGUAAAGAUCCAGGCAUACAGAAACAAUCCCAAUGAAACUAUCUACAACUUUGAAAUAUCAGAUUCUGGCUUAGGUAAAAUAAGCUACAUGGAGUUUUCGGCAAAGAACCUGGCACAGAAGACCCAACUGGAAAACUUCACAGAGAGCAAACUUGAUGAGAAGUGGAAUAAAUGCUGUCAGGACAAUCUCAUCAUAAUUGUUGAAACGUGUGACGUUGAACGGGAUGUAUUUACUCGCAAUGAUACCAAUUUAACCUGGAUUUCUGACGACAUUAACCUCUUUGAACCUGUGAUUAUCAAUGGAACAAUUUAUAUUUUGUAUAACGAGACCACGUUUGUGAUGCCAUUGAGAUGGGAAAAUGACACUUUUUACAGGCGUCUUUCAAAAGAGUGGAAGUUCUCGAAAGAACAAUUAUUCACACUUUACGGGCAGAUUAUUGACGUCGACACUUGCGCGUACAUCAUUGUUCAAACUUCUCUUCUCACUGAAACUGAGAAAGACAAUGUUACAUACGUGAUCUACCAGGAUUCCUUCUUUCCACCAGAGAGCUAUGUCCGUUACAGGAAUGGCUCUGUCCGCCUAUGCUGGACUGGACCCGACCCUCCAGAACCCAUCAGCAUGUUCACGUAUACCAAGGGCCAGUAUAUUUUGAAUCUCAUAUUAUUCACACUGUCCUCCAUCUGUCUCCUGGCAACGUUAAUCACCUACGGAAUCUUUAAGGAACUGAGGAACCUCCAAGGUGUUGCCAUCAUGAACUUUGUUUCGGCCCUUCUUGUUGGUCAGGUGAUGCUUCAGUUUGUCGCUCCCAAUAUGAUAGCCUUCUCAGUCGCCGUGUGCUCAGGAGCAGCGAUUGUAACACAUUACUGUCUUCUUGCGGUUUUCACUUGGACGAACAUCUUGGCGUGGGAUCUUGUUCGUCACUUUGCAUCUUCGUCCUUCUUACCAAAGAGACACAGAGAGACAAGACGGAUGACUGUCUACCUUACCAUUGGUUGGAGUCUUCCCCUCAUCAUCAUCGUUCCAUGUCUGAUCAUCCAGAGUCAGAACUCAUCGAUGUUCCGGUACGGCAAGAUCGGAUCAUCUUGCUGGAUCUACCAAGCGAAGGGUAUCGUGUUGACCUUCUUGGUACCGGUUGCCGUUAGCUUUCUUCUCAACGUCGUUCUCUUCUUGUUAACUGCUUACGGUGUUCACAAGAGCAAACGUGAUUCUAGUGUUCUCCACAGAAGUACUCGAGAGCGAAGAAUGCAACUCUUCCAAGAACUCUUAGUCCACUUCAAGAUAUCUUGCCUGCUAGGCUUUGGAUGGUCAUUUGGUUUCAUAGGUGCCUUUGCAAAGGUCGCUGCUGUUUGGACAAUCUUCAUCAUAACCAGCGCUCUGCAGGGAAUUUUCGUUUUUGUCUUCUUCGCCGCCAAUCGCCGUGUCAGGGAACUCUGGAGAAAGAGAUUCCUUGAUACCAAGGCGGUAGGAGGAAGUACGAGUAACUCAGGUACAAAAUCGACGGGAAUGGGUAGGACGAGUGAAGGAUCGAAAGAAGCGGAGAGAGAAAAACUAACGUGGUCGGGUUCGGCCUCGUCUGCUACCAAGGUGUAACAUGCACCAUAACCUGAGAAUCUUCCACAUAGGACAAUAGAAUAAUUAACUACUAUAGUACUAAGUACGAAUAUUUCGGAGAUAUUCAUGAUGAGUUCCACCUUAGAAUCUCCGUGAUGACCGCGUGUCUACAGUUAGUGUCAUAAUUGUUUGAAGGUCUAUAAGUACACCUUGCCAGAGUUUCUAGAUCCAUUAUCCCCCAAAUACGAUUCCAAUAUUAUGAUAUACUGUACUCUUGAAUUAAGAAAAAAGUUGCCAAGUGGGUAAAAAGGAUUAAUUAAUUUUGUUGAAAGUAUAAAGACUUUCUUUCUGACAGAAUAUAUCCUCUUGGACUACAUAUUCAAUAUUUUCUAAACGAAAUGGAAGGCAUUGACCAUUUACAAAAGGUUAACAAUAAUAGAGUUUCGCUAUUCACCUUGCCUGAGAGGAACAAGCGGACAGGCCGCGUGGGUAAAUGGAGACCAUGCCUGCGAUGUAUGUCCAAAGGCAUACGGUGGUACAUGUGUAUCGUGAAAUUUUCCUUGAUUUUUAUUGGGUUGAGAAGUACAGUUCCUAUGAUAACUGUCGGAUGAAAUGGGACUCGUCAGAUAAAACGCCCGACAAGUCCUUUCACGAAACGCUCCCCUGUUUUGACAUAAAGGAGUAUUAUUACGAUCGAUUUAAUUUACCGGUGAACAUGGUGAAUAGUCCUUUUUAUUAACAUGCAGCCAUUUACUAAUACCUCAGUCACAUUUGCUCUACGGCGGCCGUAAAGCGAGUAAAAAAACGUCCGUUUAAACAUACCAGCUACAUAUUGUUUGAAUGAAAAUGAACAAAACGGCUGUUUUCGACUCGCCGUUCAACUGCCGUAGGGGAAUGUGACUGAGGUAUAAAUAAUUUUUUGUAGAACCAGAUAUGCCGACCCUUUAUAAUAUGAAAUCAGCCAUGCUCUUUUUAAACAAAACAUCAUCCCAGAGAGCUUUAAUAUCUGACAUUAAAUGAAAAAAAUGCAGGUUGGUGUAGGUAUCAGUUGAUUAUCGCAAAAAAUUGACAUCAGAUUAUUUGGGGUGGGGGCAAAUACAUGUAUAUAUAUAUUUUUUCAAAGAUCUUGUUAUUGAACCCGAAUAGUCAUUAAAUUGUCAACAAAAUCAAGUCCAUAUACAUAUUUUUACAAAUAGUUGCAUACAACGUAGUUACAACAUAUCAAUACAAAUAACAUGAAUAAUCAAUUAACAUCAACGAAAGGCAUACAAAGAAAUCGUGCACAGCGGUAUUAAAAUCUUGUAGUAUAAUAUGUAUAUUAAAACGUAGAUUAUAGAUAAAAUAAACAAUAAAUGAAGCAUACUAAAUACGAAGGGUUUGGGAAAAGAAAUAGAAGCCUACUAAACGAUCUAUUAUCUCUCAAAAUUGAGCAAUUUUUUAAUCAAAUUUAUCAGUUUUAUUGGCAAGUAUGCUGGCUUGCCUUUCAUUUAUGUAAUUUUUUCCUAAUCUGUUGCUUAAUUACCUUGAAAGAAGGAAUAGAUUUCUGUAUUAGAAAUAUAUAUAACUGUUGCUUAGUACAAAUAAUUACACAGUUUAAAUCGUUUCUCUUUUCAUUAAAAACAAAACAAAACAUGUACUACAGAGAACUCAAAUCUACAGCGAGUUACUACAUUUAGCCAAACAGACGAUUCCAAAUCAAUCUGGUCACGUUACAUGUAUAAUAGAAAUGCAUAAUAUCCUCAACUUCUCUUCCACAAAAUGAGCAAUUGGUAUUUAGAAUCAUAUUAAAUUUUGCUAUAUCAUGA